GUGGAGCACUGCUGAGAGUGCGCGCCGAGAGGCGCCUGCUGAACAAAGGAGCAGGGCGCAGCCCCUGCGGGGACCUGCCACCGACCUCCCGUGCUGCGCCAGGGCCUCCAACUCGCUCGCAGCCACCAUGACCGCCAACGGAACGGCAGAGGCCCUGCAAAUCCAGUCCGGGCUCAUCAACUACUGCAACAAGUACUUGAAGGCCGAGACAUUUGGAUUCAAGGUGAACGCGUCGGCCAGCAGCCUGAAGAAGCAGCAGAUCUGGACCCUGGAGCAGCCGCCCGACGAGGCGGGCAGUGCAGCCCUGUGCCUGUGCAGCCACCUGGGCCGCUACCUGGCGGCGGACAAGGAUGGCAACGUGACCUGCGAACAUGAGGUGCCCGGCGCCGACUGCCGCUUUCUGAUGGUGGCACACGAUGACAGCCGCUGGUCGCUGCAGUCCGAGGCGCACUGGCGCUACUUUCGUGGCACCGAGGACCGCCUGUCGUGCUUCGCUCAGAGGGUGUCGCCGGCUGAGAAGUGGAGCGUGCACAUCGCCAUACACCCGCAGGCCAACAUCUACAGCCUGGCCCGCAAGCGCUACACUCCCCUGAACUCGCAGCCCGCUGACGAGAUCUCAGUGGACCGCGACGUGCCCUGGGGUGUUGACUCGCUCAUCGCGCUGGCCUUCCAGGACCAGCGCUACAUCUUGCAGACGGCUGACCACCGCUUCCUGCGCCACGAUGGGCGCCCAGUGGCGCACCCCGAGCCCGACACGCUCGAGUUCCGCUCUGGCAAGGUGGCCUUCUGCGACUGCCAGGGCCACUACCUUGCGCCGUCGGGCCCCAGCGUCACGCUCAAGGCGGGCAAGGCCACCAAAGUGGGCAAGGACGAGCUCUUUGCCCUGGAGCAAAGCUGCGCCCAGGUCGUGCACAGCUGCUACUUCAACAUCCAGUGGCGUGAUCGGCGGAUCAUACUGCGUGCAUCCAAUGGCAAGUUUGUGACAGCCAAGAAGAAUGGCCAGCUGGCUGCCUCGGUGGAGACAGCAGGGGACUCGGAGCUCUUCCUCAUGAAGCUGAUCAACCGGCCCAUCAUCGUGUUCCGCUGGGAGCACGGCUUCAUCGGCUGCCGCAAGGUCACAGGCACCCUGGACGCCAACCGCUCCAUAGAUGUCUUCCAGCUGGAGUUCAGGGACGGUGCUUACAUCAAAGAUUUCACGGGCAAGUACUGGAUGGUGGGCAACGACUCCUCGGUCACCAGCAGCAGUGACAUCCCUGUGGACUUCUUUGAGUUCUGCCACUACAACAAGGUGGCCAUCAGGGUGGGCGGACACUACCUGAAGGGGGACCAUGCCGGGGUCCUGAAGGCCUGCACUGACACCACUGACCCCGCCACGCUGUGGGAGUACUAGCCUCCGCCCACCGCCCUGUCCCAGACCCCUCCUGCUAACUCUCUUCUCCACGUGGGCUCCGCCGCAAGUGGCGAGCCCCUUGCCUUUCAAACUGGAAACCCAGAGAAAACGAUGCCCUCACCCGUUGCCUUAUGUGGCCUCCCCCAGGCAGGUCAGCAGCUGUGGCCUGACCCUCGGAGGGAUUUCAGAUCCUGCUGCCCUCUCUCCUCUGUCCUGGGCGAGGCUGGAACCUUUCUUCUGACCUCAGAUGACUCUGAGCCUUAUUUCCCUGAAGAGGCCAGGGAGAAGUGGGGGGCUGGGAGGACUUCCCAAGCCCCUUGGUAUGGCAAGGUGUGUAACUGGAAU